CCAGUAGAUGGCGGAUGUGUACCGCUACCGCUCGGUCAACCGCUGUGAAGAGAAAAAGAAAGCAAAAGGCUUACUAAAAGAACAUCUGUGUUGACUUGUGUAGUGGAUAUCUCGAUUCGUUGAAAGCGGAUAAAACUAAAUAAUAUAACCUUUUAAUUUCUAUAUGAGUGAGUAUUUCCCUAACAGUUACAUCUUAGAGCGAAUGGAUACUGCGCGUGCACGGGAAACAGUGCGAUGUCCUUGAGCUGAAGUUUGCCAGCAGUGGACGAGACUGUGCUUUCGAUACGAGUAUACAAAAAUUAAACAGGCUAUGUAGACACGUCGAGAAAGAUAGGAUAUAAACACCUGUUCGAAUCUGCCUAUGCAGAUCAAUCAUAUGCCAUCAAUCCAAAAAUGUAGUAAACGUUGACAUAUUGUUACGUUCGUGUCAUACAUGCAUCUUCGGACUUGUGUAAACCACCAGCGACUAUAAUGAAAAUGGUUUUUUUUAAAACAUUCAUUACAAAUACAAGUUUAGUAAAUACAAGCUUUAGAAUCAGGCAUGGGAUUCUAAAUAAAAUAGCAAAAACGUGGUUGGUUUCCAGUCGCAAUGUGUACAACCCGGUGCAAAAGAAGUGGCUCAAACCAGUGGGCCAUGACACAGGUAUAAAGACGUACAACAGUCUUACCAAACAGAAAGAGACUUUGGUUUUGGCACGAGAACGAAUUGCCACCUGGUAUAGCUGUGGACCCACCGUUUAUGAUCACGCGCAUCUCGGUCAUGCUUGUUCAUAUGUCAGAUUUGACAUACUUCAAAGGAUUUUAUCCAGAAUUUUUGGCGUUAACGUUAUCCACGCCAUGGUCAUCACUGACAUUGAUGAUAAAAUCAUACAGAGAAGCCUUGAGGAAAAUGUGUCACCCACUGUCCUUGCAAGAAUGCAUGAGGAAGAGUUUAAGAAGGACAUGCAAGCUCUGCGGGUUCUUCCUCCGGCUGUUUACAUGAGAGUGACUGAAAACAUAUCUUUGAUAGUGACUUUCAUAGAGCGCAUUAUUGGAAAUGGACACGCCUAUGUCACAAGUCAAGGGAAUGUCUACUUUGACACAAAGUCCAUUGGUAACCGUUAUGGCAAGCUUGUGAACCUUGGAGGCGUUGUUGGAGAGCCAGGGAUGCAGGAUAAAAAUGAAACAAGGGACUUUGCCUUGUGGAAAGCAUCCAAACCUCAUGAACCUUACUGGGAGUCACCUUGGGGUAAAGGAAGACCUGGGUGGCACAUUGAAUGUUCUACAAUUGCUAGUUCAGUAUUUGGGAGGCAGUUGGACAUCCACUCGGGAGGGAUCGACCUCGCCUUUCCUCAUCAUGAGAAUGAGAUUGCUCAGUCAGAGGCGUAUCAUCAGUGUGAACAGUGGGGAAACUACUUCCUGCACUCAGGGCACCUUCACUUGAAAGGAAGUGCCGAGAAGAUGUCAAAAUCCUUGAAGAAUUAUAUAACUAUAAAGGAUUUUCUGGCCUCUUAUACUGCCAAUGAGUUUAGGCUUUUUUGCCUUCUGACCAAAUACAGAUCAGGAAUUGAAUACAGUGAUGCUAGCAUGAAUGAAGCCCGAUCCACCCUGUCUACCAUCUCUGCCUUCAGCCACAGUGCACAAUCCUACAUGAAGGGCUACUUGCAGUGCCAGUCUGUAGAGGAGGGUACUCUCUGGGAGAGGUUGUCCGCUACACAGGCCAGUGUUCGACACGCUCUUGCUGAUGACUUUGACACCCCAAAAGCUUUGGAUGCUGUUAUGAGCCUUAUUCACCAUGGUAACUGUCAGCUUCAGCCUGUCACUAAGGCUGAUGGUCCUAGGAGUCCUGCUGUAUUCGGGGCCAUGUUGUCAUAUGUCAGGGAAAUCAUGGAUGUUUUUGGAGUCGAUUUGCUGAACAGAACGGAAGUCCAUGACUCUUCGGUCAUUUUGAAUAAUUUAGUGGAGGAGCUGGUGCAUUUUCGGAGUGAAGUUCGGAAGUUUGCUCUGUCUGUUGAAGACCAAGCACUUCAUGAUGCCCAGUCUGACACUGCAACUCAGAGGAGACGACCUCGGCCGGAUAGAGUUCCCCUACUUAAGGCCUGUGAUGUUCUACGGAAUAAUCUAGCACCUCUUGGAGUGCACAUUAAGGAUAGAGGCACAAACUCCACGUGGGAAAUCACAAGAACAUGUGGAGGAGACACAAAAGUGUAAACCACUUGCUUAAAAUGGACCAAACACUGAUUGUUAGAACUUGGACACAUGCUUUUAGUAGCACUGUAAAUACUAUACACUUAUUCAAAUUCAGUACGUAUUGUCACAGUAUGGGAUUUCGGACGAUUUGUAGACAUAAAAUAUUAUAUAAUGUUAUAGGUGGUACUACGCUUGUUGAAAAAUGCUUGAAAAAUGCUGUUUUAAGACCUUUGGCCCAAAAUACCAAUCAAAUUCAGCUGUUUUUUUGUGUGUAACUUUGGACCUUAAAUUGGGAUUUUUUUGCAUUCUGUCAUUGGUCUUGUGUCUGGUCAUUUGUGUCUGGUCAUUGAUCAUUUGACCGUUGCUCAGCUCCCGUGGCAUCAUGGGAUAGAUAAGUGUCCAUCCAAUCCACACUCACGAAUCUCGGCGGAAGUAGUAGACCAUCUGGGUAUUUCUUGCCUACUGUUUAUUGCAUACUGAGGUUUCGGACCUACUAUUCAUGACUCGUACUCAUUUUCGCCUACUACUGUAUAUAGUAUGGAAGUAGGCGAUUUCGGACGCAGCCCCGGUGUCCUGCAGAGUUUAGCUCCAACCCUAAUUAAACACGCCUGAAGCAGCUAAUCAAGAUCUUAUAGGGACAGCAGAAACUUGCAAGCAGGUGUGUUGAGGUUGGUUGGAGCUAAACUCCGCAGGACACUAACCCUCCAGGAAAAAGUUUGGGGACCCCUGGAUUAGACAGUUAUAGAUAGUGGAUUCUUGUAUAAUCUAUACAGUUAAUUCUAGAUUUGUAUAUCUCCACCGUACGAAUUCACUGUUUUCAGGAAAUGGAAAAGAACUGUACACUUUAAAUUGUUGGAAAACACUUUUUAAUACUUUUUAUUGGUUAGAUAUUUGCAAAACCCGUGACAAACAUAAAGGGUGACUAAUAAUAAUUUAUGGCAAAAAAUUAAAAUCACGAAAUAUGGAGAUAUGAGGUUUCAGAAGGACAGCAGCGAUAUCUUAUUAUUUAUGUAUAAUAACAUAUUAUUUUAAAUGUAUAAUUCAAUAUUCGUCUUGAGCAAAUAAAACUGCUUGUUUUAAUAGAAAACAGACAUAGCUAUUUCUUAUUCCUGCAUACAUUACCACAGACAACAAUGCGUGACAAUUUGAGAUUUUGUGUUUUUACAAUUGAAUGAUAUUAAGGUUUUUAAUGAAGUGAAAUGAACAUAAGAAAUGUUUUGCAUUAAAAUGAAUAAUUGUAAAUGUAUAAAUUAAAUGUUUUUACUAUAUUGUUAAGAUAAUGUUAUAUUUAUUUAUAAACGCCACCAAAAGUAGACAUGAGUGGUGGAUACGAUCAAAUCUCACAUCAGGUGCGUGAAGGUCCAUGUUUAACCUAUUUGACGUCCCAUCUGAAAACAAUAAGAAAUUAAAAGACAGCACAUUUUUGUUUACUUUAACCGGAAUUUCUGCGUUAGUUCUUAUUUUCCCCAUAUAAAAAAGAACUGGGUCUCUGAAGUGAUCAGUGACUUUGUUCCAAAUUGUAUGUUCCAACUUUAUUUUAUUUCCCUUUUCAAACUGUCAAACAACACAAGAUUAAUUUGGAACGUUAAGGCCCGGUUUCACAGACACAUCUUAACUUAAAGUCACCAUGAGACGGAAUUUGCGAUUGACUUCUUUUCAGUAUCAUGACAUACUGUAUAUCCAAGUGAAACGGCUUCUGAAAUUUGAAAAAAAAAAGUAGGGCAGGGCUUUAUUUUGCCCUUCCCUUUGUGAUUGGUUUGUUGUAAGUUGGGCCUGGAGGGGAGGGCUAAAAAUGCCUGGCCAUUGGACAGUCAGUAUAGUACUACCUCUUUUUUGUUGCUUACGUCAUGUGGUGAAGAGUUGUUGUUGAGAGGUGUGAGGAGUUUAACAUUUUUGAUUAAAGAUUACAAGUGCAAAUUUUGAAAAAAAAAAUGGUGUGCACGUAUAAAUGAUUUAUAAUAUUCACUGCAACUCUGUGUAAAACACUUAGAAUUUUCCUGUUUGAUUUCAUGUUGACUUUAAGCCAGGACUAUGCCUUAGUUAAAUUAAGAUACUGGGCCUAAGAUACAUAGUUUUAACUCUGCUUUAAAAUAAAACAUUUUUUGGGGGCAAAAAUUACAUUUACAAGACAAGAAUAACCAAAUGACCUUUUGUACUGAUCUUGCAAUAUACUUUUUAAACAUGAAAACAAAAUAAUAAACUU